CUGUGCCUGAUGAGACAGCAUGACUCUUCAGAACCACACAAACCAGUGACACAGUGACGCCCACUCCUACCGCCCACAGUUAUCUUCAACAGGCCACUUUACGUCCCCGGCACAACACUCUUUUAUUUUGGUUCUCUGUCCUCAGCAGUCAAAGCUGCAGUUCUGCAGUUUGGGACACAUUCCAAAUCUCGUCUCUCAUACCAGCCCGUCCCUGCUGCCAGAUUGGUUUUCACACAGUCCCUGGCCCCUCCCUGCUACCACGGCGAUGCAGCUGUCACCUGUCAGUUUCGUGGUGGGGAUGCGCACCAGCCUGUUGUGGCUCAGAAUAGAAUUGUGGGAGAUUUUUUUGUUGGAAGUGGGAGAGCAACAACACCAAGUCACCAAGAGAGGAUGAACAGUUGACCAGGAAAACAAUUUCAGCUAUAUGGGAAUGUGGCAAAUGCUCUGUGGUUCACAGGGUGCUGCUCAUGGGAGUAACUGACUGCUUCUACAGAGGGAGACUCAGGUUCAGAUUGUAUUGAAUGGAGGACCAGGACAGAGUAAGCCAAGCAUCCAGCGUGGCCACCAUUUCCUACUUUCCAGUCAUAAAGGAAAGCAACGGAAAGCUACAAACAUUUGGGAAAAGAUGUCAGGCUGCCAAGAGAGACCCCAACUGCCCUGUGGUCAUCAGAGGAUGGACAGCUCUGGUUUGAAACUAUGGAAGAGAAGAUGGUUUGUCCUCUCCAACUUCUGUCUGUUUUACUAUAAAGACAGUAGAGAAGAAUCUGUGCUGGGUAGCAUCCCACUGCCGAGCUACAAAAUCCUGUUCUGCACGCCGCGGGAAUGCAAGAACAGAAAGUUCACCUUCAAGGUGGUACACCAGGGAAUGCGUUCUUAUUUCUUCAGUGCUGACACUCAGGAGGACAUGUUGGGUUGGGUCCGAGCCCUCAGUCAGUCUGCUGCAAUGGAGCCAAACUGCUCCCUGAACAGGCGUUGCUCAAGUUACCAGGAUUUCACACAAAUGGGUGGCAGCAGUGAAUCGGUGGACUUCCCUAAACCCCCCUCUGAUGGGGAGGGGGGUCCUUCCCAAAGACACAGGCACAUCAACAGGACUCUGAGCGAACCGAGUCAUCUCAGGAUGGGGACAUCGCACUCAGAGCAGAGGGGGAGGCGGAGUGUGCGUCAGAGAAAGAGCAGAACACCCAGCCCUUCUGAGUUUAACAGAAGAGCCUGUGGUCCACACCAAGAAGAAGACUCUCUUCCUGACCAAAACACACCACCACCCACUCAGAUGCGUUCGGGUUCUUUGACCUCAAGAGGUCAGCUGGGGUCACGACCUCAUACACCAGUGGGAAGAGUUGACAUUCGACCUCACGAUGACUCGGGCAUGUUGCCACAAACCCUGUACUACGCACCUGCCUCGCCUAACCUGGAGUUCAAAUCCACUCCUAACACUCCAGUCACAGAGAGGUGGCAAAACCUGAGCAAGCCUAUACCUACCUAUGGGUCUGUCCAUCAUAUCUCAAGUGGGAGACGAUCUUUGGGAAAGAGCUACUCCACAGGGGCGCAUGCAGACUUACUGCCCCCUUUACCCCCCUCAUCGAGAUCUGCACAUGCUCCCCACCCCCCACACCACCACCACCACCACCAUCAUCACCAUCACCGCAGCAAUUUAUCUGUCCAUGUGCUACCGCCACCUAUGGUCCAGAAGCCUGACCCGAGGGAAAUCCCACCAAUAAGGCCUCUUGAAAGUGAUUCAGACGUUGUAUUGACGAGGUUAUGUGGGUGUGACAAGCUGCUCCAGUCUCUGUCUGUAGAACUAGCACAACUACAGAUGGAUAAGGACAGCGUCCAGUGUGCAUUAGAGGUGUCCAGACUGCAGCUGGAGGAGUGGAAAAGCCAGGGGCCCCGGGCCCAGGAAGAAGCACUGGCCCAGAAGGCUUUGCUUCAGGAAGAGCUGGUCACAAUCCGGGCCAGAAUGUGUGAUGUAUCAUUGGAAAUGGAGAGGGUGUGGAGUCAAUAUGAGAGAAUGGAGAGUGAAUUGUCGGUUAUCCGUUCACACCUUCAGCACGUCUGCAACUUUGGAGUGCCACAGGACCAGUCUCAGGCCCAGAGAGAACUGUGGAUGAUGGAGGACAUCCUAGCUGGACUAAAGAUCAACAGGGAUCACUUCCGCUUCCUGCUGGGACUACAGAGGCAUCACAUGUUCCAGCCGACAUCUCCACAUCCUGGAUCCCCUGGCUCUCCCACAGAAAGGCUGCAGAGUGGACCUCCAACGGAUGUAGAACAAGAGCCACCAAUUCGCCCACCAUUACCCCAGGAGCUAGAGGAAAGCUACCAGAGCAGGGAUCAGGGCUGGACAGAGUCCCCAUAUGAGGGAAUCUACAGCCACACUGUUGAGCCUGUACACAGAAGAGGAAACAGCCAGCCUGACCUCCUUAAUGUGAAAGCAGCAAAAGACUUGCUUGAAUCUGGUUCAAAGUGGACCCCACCAGAUGCAUCGAACCAAUCAAGCAAGAAGAUGAAGAUGAGUGAAGAAGAGCAGAUUGAGCGGAUAAAGAAGAAUCAAGAGAGGUUGACUAAUAGGAAGAAACCCCCCAUACCUACUCCAUGUCAAAGUUCAGAGACAAGAGAGGAGGCCCCCUUUCCUCUAAGGGUGACACGAGUUGUUACAGCUGUACUGCCGUCCUCUCUUAUGGCCAGACGGGUUUCUGUUGAGGAUCCCCCACCUGAGCUUGACAACCCACUGCCCGAGCAGAUCCCACCUGAGAUGCAGCAAAGAUUGGCCGAGCAGAGUAAAAAACUGUUGAACAAGACACCCAGGCAUUUGGUGCUGGAGGGUUUGGAUCAAAAGUGGCCCUCAGCAGAGAUGCACCAGGAUCAGCCCAUUAAAAAGACAAACAGGCAGCAGCGGCAUCAGGGAAUACUGAGGUCCUCCAAGAAGGAGUCACGGGCAGAUGCGAGCAGAGCCGAGCCCAAAGAGACUUCAAGGAAUCAAGUUGGAGACUUGCAAGCAAGUGUAGGAAACGAAUACGCGAGCUUGGAUAACAGGACGGAUGAACAGCCCUCUGCCCUCCUGAUCCCUGACAUGGACCCUGAUUACUGUCUGACCCCUGAGCAGCGAAAGGCCAAACUUUGUCGCGUGGAACGAAUACGGGAGAGAGUCAUAAGAAGCGCAGUCAGACAGAAUGCCACAGCACACGAUCAACUGCCAAUCAGGGGGAAGGGGCUGGAAGUUCCUCAGGUACCCCCUGACACAGCUAGAAAACAAAGGAUGAAAUCAGACCGUCAAUCCUACGAUGGCUACAGAAGCUGCGAUCACAUCAGAGGUUCUUCAGAACUUUAUCUUUCUAGUGGAACAUCUCAAGAUGAAGAUGAAAGAGACAGACACAUGAAAAAAUCUAAAAGUCAAGUCAAAUUUGGGAACAAACCACAGCACAAAGUGCACAGUGGAAGAACAGGGGUUGCCAAAACUAAUAUCAAACGUCCAGCUUCACCCUAUCACAUCUCAUCAAUGUCUGUCUACCAGAAAGAUGGAGACAAGGAAUUUACAAGUUGCAAGGAUGGAGAGGAGCAAAAGCUUGAAGAACCUGCUGCCGAUGAUAAUGAAAGUGAUUUUCCAUCCUCCGAUCUGAGAACCAAGUGGUUCCUCUCUACCAACCAGUGGCAGGGGUUCAUACCUUUGCAGAUCCCUGGCAUAGACUCACUGUGCAUUGAGGAGAUAUCAGACAUUGAGAACCAACCGGCAAGCUCUGACGAUCUGAAUGAUUUCAAUGAGAUCUCUUCUGCAGUCAGUGAAAGCUUAGAAAAAACAAAAAAGAAUCAUUCCCUCUUCUAUAAGAUCGCUUGUGACAUUAGUAUUUCAGACACCGAUAUUACAAAGAAUGAUGGGGAUCCAAGUGUCCAAACGUCAUCCACGCCAGAAGAAGACAAAGAACUGUUGAUCACUGAAUCUGUGCCGGACAAAGUAACCUAUAACGUUGGGAGAUCUUACAACCAAGAGAGCAAAGAUUCCAGCUUCCAUUUGUCAUCAGCUGUCAAUGAAAAUAGUCUCUCAGUUAUUGAUGAACUCCAAGAUUCAACCCAGGACAAUGCAGCGUUAAAUACAUCAGCCAGUCCAGCAAAAGAGGCUGGUGUGAAUGAAGAAAUCCCUCAAAAAGAAUGUGAAGACACCUCAAGACAAGACAGACAGUUAGACGUUAUAGAAGCGGUCUACGAAGCUUCUGUUCAGAACACUGCUUCUGAUCAGGCCCUGGAUGAACAUACAAAGAUGAGAGAAGAACAAAGUGGGGAGAAAGAAUCACACAACCGGAAGGUGGAUCAUGAGAUAGGUGACAAGCCGAAGAAACGUCGUAGUUUAAGUGAGGACAACAAGGAGACCAUCCAAGAAGGAGGUACCAAUCACUCCAUCACUCCAUCCAGCUCGGUGUAUGAGGGCGGAAGUGUGAUUCGGAGUGCCUCUUUCCGGAAAGCACGAGUUACAGUAUUAAGGACAAGUUUGUAGAGGCAAGAAUUGCAAAGGCUUAAGGGGCUUAAAUAAAUGAAUUUGGGAAGGACAAGAAAACAGUUACGUGAUUUAUAGUAAAAAUGUCAGAGUAGAAGGACGUUAAUGUUGAAGGAAAUUUGGACAUUAUUUUGGAAUAGAAAUGGUAAAAUGGGAACAUACAAUGUCAGGAAUAGUCAUAAUCUUUGGUAAACUUGAACAUUUCUAUUAUACAUAACAUAUGGUUUGAAAUGGAUGCAGAUACAAAGUCUUACAAAUAUUUCAAGAAAACAAAACCAUGUGUGCAAAUGUAGUGACGUUCUUGCAGUUGAUGUUAAACACCAAAUACCUUAUGUAUAGUCGUAAACAUGCCAAGUAUUUGAGGUUAAUGCUUUCAUUCCUCUCAAAACAUGACUAACUAAACAACUAAAUUUUUUUUAAAUGUGAUUGCUGCUUGUAGAUGGCACCAUAACCCUGUUUUUGUCACUGUAACCAAAUGUGUUUUGUAUUUCAAAUAUCCUGAUUAAUAAAUAUGUUGUGCGUUACAUCGAGACACCAACUCCUGCUUUACAUGUACAAGAAACACAUUAAUGUUCUCUCAUUUCAUACAUCCUUUUUUUUAUUGCUCAAUGCAAGUCUCCCCUGGG